AUGGAGAGGACACUGACUAUAGGUCUGACUCUGUUCCUGACACUGUGUGUGGGCUUACCAGAGGCUGGGGCCCGGAAGGAGGCCACCGAUGACAGCAGCAAACGCUUGUCUCGCUCCUCAGAAACAAAAGCGGGCCAUUGCUCCUACACCUUCAUCGUCCCACAGCAGAAACUGACAGGGGCGCUCUGCUUAAACACACAGCCUGCGACUGCCAAUCAGUCAGAGGUGGCAGCGCUGCGGGCGGAGCUCAAACAGCAGCAGGAACAGCUGGAGAAGCUCCGGGGCCACCUGGAGCAGGAGGGGGCCCUUGCCAUGGAGGUGAGGGCCCUGCGCAAAGAAAGCAACAGCCUGAAUUCCCGCAUUGCUCAGCUCUAUGCAGAGUUACUGCAAGAGGUCAUACAGAAGAAGAACCAGGCUUUGGAACAGCAAAAGGUGGAGAACCUCCUUCUGAACGCUACAGCACAGGCACUGCAGGUUUCCAGUAAUUACAGGGAGCUGGAGAAGAAAUAUGGCGUCCUCACGUCGAUGAUCAGCUCCCAGAACCAGUUAAUCGCCCGUUUGGAGAAGCAGUGCCAGUGCAAGGACUCGACCCAGUCCUCUCUGGUGCUGACUGAACCGCCCAAAAUCCAGCCGAAUGUGCAUAAUAAUUACAGCUCUGAGGCCAACGAAAUGACAAAUGACGUUCAAAGGGACCAGGGUGCACUUCCAUCACAGCAGGAAAAAACAGGGGGGACGAGUUAUCUCCAAACAGCCACUGCCAGCCCUCCGACCGAGAAUCCCUUCAUUAGCUUCCCUGUCACGAAAACCCCAGGGCCGUGGCGAGACUGUCAGCACGUGCUGGAAUCAGGCGAGACCACCAGCGGGAUCUACCUCCUCCGCCUGCAGAGCGCCAACCGGCUGCUGCAGGCGUGGUGCGAGCAGAGUCGGGCUCAGGGAGGCUGGACGGUCAUCCAGAGGAGACAGGACGGAUCGGUGAACUUCUUCAGGACCUGGGAGCAGUACAAGCAAGGUUUUGGGAACUUGGACGGAGAGUACUGGCUGGGCCUGGAACACCUCUACUGGCUGACUCAACAGGCCCGCUACAAGCUGCGCGUGGCCCUGGAGGACUGGCAGGGCCGCACGGUGUUUGCUGAGUAUGACAGCUUCCACCUGGAACCAGAGAGCGACUGGUACCGCCUCCGGUUGGGACAAUACCAGGGCAACGCCGGAGACUCCCUCUCGUGGCACAACGACAAGGCCUUCACCACUCUGGAUCGAGACAAAGACAGCUACAACGGUAACUGUGCUCACUACCAGAAAGGAGGCUGGUGGUAUCACAUGUGUGCCCACUCAAAUCUGAACGGGGUGUGGUACCGGGGGGGGCACUAUCGGAGCCGCUACCAGGACGGAGUCUACUGGGCUGAGUUUCACGGAGGGUCCUACUCCCUCAAAAGGGUUUCCAUGAUGAUCAAACCCACUUGACGUGAACACGUGACAAGAAAAGGCAUCAGGCAGAGGAUUUUUAUGUGUAAAGAACAAAAAUAUGUUCACAAUUAGCUGAGACUUGAGUUCAAACAAUGAAUGAAUGAAUGAAUGAAUGAGUGAAGGUUUCAUUUUUUAAAAGUAAAUAAACAAUAACAAUCAAUUCAAUACAAGCUAAGAAAGGUGGAAGAACUAUAACCUUAUUAAAGAUCACAAUAUCUCCAUUCAGUCUGCUUGCAUCUUUUUUUUUCUUUUUUCUGUCCUCUUUAUUUCUGUCACAUAAAUCUAAAUAAUCCC